UGAACCAGCCCUUACGGUAGUUACGACAGGUUAAGAUGUGACUUGAUCAAAUCCAAAUCGAAAGGUUAACUUGUCGUGACAGGCAUUUUCGCUGGUUUGUCGAUUACAUCUUUUGAGACUGCGGAUACAAUCGUAUCACGAAAAUGGAGUGCUUAAUUGGUAUUCAGUGCAAAGAUUUUGUGUUAGUUGCGGCGGAUAUGACAACCACACAGUCUAUUAUAGUUAUGAAAAGCGAUGAACACAAAAUUCAUAAGAUUUCGAACAAGCUCGUUAUGGCAAUAUCUGGAGAAUCAGGUGAUACAACGCAGUUUUCAGAAUAUAUUGGGAAAAAUAUUCAGUUAUACAAGAUGCGAAACGGCUAUGAAUUAUCUCCUAAAGCUGCGGCUUGUUUCACAAGGAGAAAUUUAGCUGAUUAUCUCAGAAGUAGGACUCCAUACUUUGUCAAUAUGCUAUUGGCCGGAUAUGAUGAUGAUUCAGGACCAGAAUUGUACUUUAUCGAUUACUUAGCAUCCUGCGUAAAAGUUCCUUAUGCGACUCAUGGAUAUGGUGGGAUGUUUUCUAUGUCUGUUUUAGACAGAUAUCACAAAUACGAUUGUACUGAAGAAGAGGCGUAUGCAUUAUUAAAGAAAUGCGUUCGAGAAAUUCAGAAGCGAUUAAUUGUUAAUUUGCCAAAUUUUAAAGUUCAAAAGAUAUCCAAGGAUGGAAUCAAAGAUAUGCAACCAAUCACAGCUGAAAACUUGGCUGUGGAAAGUGCUGCUAAAGCAUAAAAGAAACAUUUACUUCUAUAUUUUGUGGUAGACAAGAUAUAAAAUUCCAUUAUAGAAAUAAAA